AUGAAUGAAACCACUAUUGGUGCACAAUCAUUUUUUUGGAUAAUUCAUACAUUUGCUAAUAUCGGUAGAUCAUCAGCUUUAUUUCAAUUAACAGUUAUAAUAUUUAUAAAUAUUUUUCAAAUGUUUUAUGUUGGUAAACGUAUGAAUUUUAGAAGAAAUUAUCGUUUUGUUAUAUUUAAUACUGUAUCAGAUGUUAUUAUGUCUAGUGUUAUGAUUAUUUCAUUUUAUUUUAAAUCAUGUAUUGUUUUAAACUAUAACUGUGAAAAAAAAGAAAAAGUAAAUUUAUGUGAAUUUAAAGAUAAUUCAAGUAAAAAUUUGAAUCAUACACUUAGUUUUUUAUCAAAUUCAGCAAUCAUGAGUAGUACAUGGGCUAUUGUAAUAAUUUCAUGUGAUCGUCUUCGAGCUAUAAAAUAUCCAUUGAAAGGAAAAAGAAAUGGUUUAUUACGCAAUACAAGAAUGAUAAUUGGAAUGAUUGUAUUAGUUAUUGUAUUAACUAACAUUUCAAGAUAUUGGGAAUCAAAUAUUGUUUUAAAAAAUCAAAUAAAUAUUACUUCAAAAAGUAGUGAUAAUAAAUUUAUCAAAAAUAAUGAAUAUCUUCGAAUAACUUUUAUGUCAAUUAGAAUUUUUAUUCACAUAUUACUUCCAUCCUUAAUUUUAAUUGUCACAAAUAUUAUGCUUAUUAAUAAUAUAAAAUCAAGAAAAAUAACAUUUGAAAAGGUAAAAUGGAAUUUAAUUAGUAAGUCUUUUGAAGCAGAAACUCAAAUAAACCAAAAAAGAAACAAAUUUUGGUCGUUAUUUUUACCUUGUAAAAAUAAUUUUAAGGAAAAUAGAAUAACAACAAAUAUUAUUUUAAUGAUAUCCAUUCAUAUUAUAUCAUUUACACCAACUACUAUUUAUAAUAUUUAUUUUGAAAUAAUUAUUCCAAUAUCCAAAAUUUAUUUCAAUACAAAUUUACCAUAUUGGAAUGCUACUCUGUUAUAUGACAAUCAAUUUGAAUUUAAACUUCGAAAAGAUUUAGCUUAUAUUCCAAUAUUUAUAUUCUUUAUAGGUAAAAUGGCUAACGCAUUUUUAAUGAGUAAUUUAACAAAUUUUAUUUUAAAAAAUUAUAAAAAAAUUUUUUUAUGGAAAUUGUUAUAUAAAAGAAAAAAUUCAGAUAUAAAUAUUGAUAAAAAAAAUACUUCAGAAAUUCAACGUAAGGUAACUAAAGUUUAUUACUCAAAUGCAAAACAAUUUAAUGAUAAUGAAAUAGUUAAUGUUGAAUUGUGUUCCUAUAAAACAACCCAAUAUAAAAAAAAUUAUAAAUUGAUUUAA